UACUUCAGGCGACGAUCUGCGAAUUGUGAGAACUUCGCGACUUGUUCGCCACAAAAGGUGCUGAAUUGUCAAAUCACGCAGCAUCAUAAAUCAUGGGGGCAAUCAAAUCACCUCCUUCCCCGCUGAUUGUAUUCUCGCAAAUUAGUUAGCAGAAUAGAAUUAAGACCAUCCAGCUCGACUAUUAUCGCGGCUGGUGCUAAAUACGCGACGCGACGCUAUGUCAGCCAGCUCUGCGCGCCGAUGGGGCCUCGAUAAGCUAUCAGUACGCGGGAAGGUCGCUCUGGUGACGGGCGCCUCGUCCGGAAUCGGCCACGAUCUCGCGCUCUUCCUCGUGGCACGUGGAUGCCAAGUGGUCGCCGCAGCUCGGCGCGUGGACCGGCUGGCGCAGCUGUGCGCGGAGGCGGAAGAAAUGCGGAGAGAGACGGAGAUGAUCCGCGGAGAUGGGGAAGGAAUGGGCGCCGGGGAGACGGUCUUUGACUUGAAUCGGAGGGGAGAUGAGGCGCUGAGAAACGAAGCGCCAGGGCAGAUGCGCGCUGUGGCGGUGGACGCGUCUUGUGACUGUAUCGGAACAGCUUCUAACGUAACAGCUCAAACCGCGCUUGGGGAUGAGAUGCCGGGGCGCAUGCGCGCAGUGGCGAUGGAUGUGGCGGCGGACGAGGCGGCGGUAGACGCGGCGGUGGAGGCGGCGUGGGACGCGUUCGGGCGGAUAGACGUGCUGGUGAACAACGCGGGGUUCCGAGGGAAAAAGGUCGACGCGAUUGACAUCAGCCAAUCAGAGUUCGACACGUCAUUCCACACCAACGUCCGAGGCGCCUGGCUCGUUUCCAAGGCUGUGGUUCGGCGCCUGCUGGGGAGGAAUGGCGGGGGAACGCGAGGGGGGUUCCGCAGUGAAGCAGGGAAGGAAGGAGGCGAGGCGGGGGAAGGAACAGAGGGGCAGAAUGAGACGGUUGGUGAAGGGGGUAAUAACGGAGACUCUGGCACGAUUUUGAGUGUAAUCAACAUCGCGUCUACUGCUGGUAUCCCCGGAGCCAUACUCCCCGGCGGUGCGGCCUACUCCUCCUCCAAGGCGGCUCUCAUCCGCCUCACUGUGGCCAUGGCAGUGGAGCUUGGCGAGCGCGGCGUUCGCUGCAACUGCAUCGCACCGGGGAUAUUCCGAUCCGAAAUCACCGAGAAAUUGCUCGACAAGCCGUGGAUGGACAAAAACGCGCGAGUGGUGGUGCCAGUGGGCAGGUGGGGCGUGAUCCAUCCCGACCUCACGUCCGUGCUGCUGCUCCUUGCGUCAGACGCCUCUGCGUAUAUCACAGGGCAGUGCAUCGCUGUGGACGGGGGUCACCAUCUCAUGAGGGCAAGGCUGAACCCCAAGCUGUGAUGGCUUAGGGGCAGGGGAGGUGGGAUUAAUUCCCUUGCUUCAGGCAGACGCUUCUGCCCGCAUCACACGGCUGAACUCCUCUGCACUCCCUUCCACCCCUCUCGAUCAGAGGGAUCCUGAGGGGUGCAGAGGGGUGCAUGGCUGAACCCCUCUGCACUCCCUUCCACCCCUCUCGAUCAGAGGGGUGCAGAGGGGUGCAGGGCUGAACCCCGAGCUGUGAUCAGAGCGCUCUGGGAGGAGGGGAGAAGGCGGGGAGGAGGCAGGAAGGCCGUGUGACUUGCGUACGCGAUGGCCCCGCCACAGGGCAGUGCAUAGCCAUGGAUGGUGGGGUGGGGGCAUCACUCAUCCGUAGCAAGGCUGGCUGAACCAGAAGAGGUGCUUUUGUGUGGUAUGUACGGCUCAUGCCUUCGCCCACAGCACAGGGCUGUGAAUUGUCAUAAGAGGUCA